AUGGCAACACCAAUCUAUGUUGAUAAGGAGAAUGGAGAACCAGGUUCUCACAUAGCACCUAAGGACAGGCUGAAGUGCACCACAGCAUUAUCUGGAAGAGCUCAACUUUCAACUCCCAAGGCUGGCAAAGUGUUUGCUGCAGCUCCAGUUUUAUCCAAAUCUGUUAGAAAAGCUUUGGGGCCUGUCAACAGGACAACCAAAAAGGAAAACUUGGAGGGAAAGAGAAAAGAACCCCUCAAACAGAAAGGGCAAAACUACACUGCCAAAAAGAUGACUGAAAAAUUCCUACAGAAAAAAAACACCUCAAUUCCAUUCCCAAAUGAAACAUAUCCAGAAAUAGAAAAUUUCUUUCCCUUCAACCCACUAGAAUUUGAGAGUUUUGAUGUUCCCGAAGAACACCAGCCUGCAAACUUGCCUCUGACUGGUGUCCCCCUCCUGAUGCUUGAGCAGAAGAAGUCACUUGAAAGGCUUAUAGAACUUCCACCCUCACCCAUGCUGUUGCCUUCCAUGACAUGGGAGUCUGAUCUGCUGGAAUCAGCUUCAAGCCUUCUGUCAGCCAUGGAUGAAAUGCCACCUGAGUGUUAUGACUUCCCUAUUUAA